CGCAGGGAGACAUGGAGGAGUCCGGCUCGCAGAAGUUGGUCUGGGACGGAGACGCCAAGGCGGUGCAGCAGUGCCUCACCGACAUCUUCACGAGCGUCUACACCACGUGCGACAUCCCGGAGAACGCCAUCUUCGGCCCGUGCGUGCUGAGCCACACGUCGCUGUACGACAGCAUCGCCUUCAUCGCGCUGAAAUCCACCGACAAGCGCACCGCGCCCUACAUCUUCAGGGUGGACACGUCUGCCGCUAACAGCACCUCAGAGGGCCUGAUGUGGCUCCGGCUGGUCCAGUCGGCCCGGGACAAGGAGGAGCAGAACCUGGAGGCCUACGUGAAGAACGGGCAGCUCCUGUACCGCUCGCUGCGCCGCAUCGAGAAGGACGAGGAGCUGCUGGUCUGGUACGGCAAGGACCUGAUCGACCUGCUGCUGCUCAGCUCCGGCCGGGCGCCGCCCAAGACCAAAGGGGCGUCCCAUCACUCGUGUCCGGACUGCAGCCAGAGGUUCCAGUUCGAGUUCCCGUUCCUGGCCCACCUGCGGUUCCGCUGCACCAAGAGGCUGCAGAGUCUGACGGAGGCGGACAAAGAGCCCGGCAAAGAGGCCGGCCCGGACCGGUCCGCCCCGGCCCCGGCGAGGACCAGCCCCAAGCUGGGCCGCUCCGAGGGCUUCACCACGUCCCACGACGCCACCAAACCCUCCACGGACUUCCACAACCUGGCCCGGGACCUGGAGAACAGCCGGACCAGUCCGCCCAGCGACAAGGAGGCCGAGAUCUGCAGCGAGAGCUCGGCCAAGAGGAAGUUCUGCGACGUGGAGGACAGGGACCGCCGAGGCCCCCCGGCCAAGUCCAAGGACGAGCUGGCCUCGUCGGCGCAGAACUACCGAGGCGCGUACGGCCUGGAGGAGAACCAGCGCUCCUUCUCGCCGCCGGGCGCCGCCGAGCACGGCGAGGCCAAGCGCAGCGCCUUCACCGAGGUCAAGAAGGCGCCGCCGGGCCUCAAGCACCACGGCAAGAACCUGCCCAGCGCCAACGCCGAGAACAAGGACCGGCCCGGCAGCAGCCCCCCGGAGAAGCACCUGAACAUCCGGCAGGUGCUGUCCGAGACGCAGCCGCCGCAGACCUCGCCCAUGGGCAGCGCCUUCACCUCCGUGGGCCAGCAGGGCGGCGGCGGCGAGCGCAAGAGCGCCUUCAGCCAGCCGUCGCGCAGCUUCUCGCAGAUCUCGCCGCUGGUGAUGCCCCCCAAGCUGCUGGACUGCCACCCGGCGGUGGGCGACACCAUCUCCUCCAGCAGACUGUACCAGGCCGACCACCUGGCCGCCAAGCUGCAGGGGGCGGAGCUGGGCGCCAACUGCCCCGUGCCCGGCGCCAUGGCCAAGCAGAACCCUUUCGUCUACGCCACCACCUUCUGGCCCAAGAACUCGGGCCCCAUCCAGCUGCAGAUGCCCUCGGCCCUGACCCUGCUGCCCCCCUCCUUCACCUCGCUCUGCCUGCCCGCCCAGAACUGGUGCGCCAAGUGCAACGCCUCGUUCCGCAUGACCUCGGACCUGGUCUACCACAUGAGGUCCCACCACAAGAAGGAGUACGCCAUGGAGCCGCUGGUGAAGCGGCGGCGCGAGGAGAAGCUCAAGUGCCCCAUAUGCAACGAGUCGUUCCGGGAGCGGCACCACCUGUCGCGUCACAUGACCUCACACAACUGACUGUGAACCACAGACACACAAACUGUUAGCUUCACACAUCUGGAUUUAAAGGUGCUCAUCAGGAAGUCCUCCGUCACAACACUUCCUGUUGACACUUCCACCAUGUGGCGCUUUCCCUUUAUUAUUAUUUUUAGGAAAUUCCCUUUUUCCACCGUUUCUUCAGACUUUAACCAGCCUGACGCCCAGUGCCGUCACUAAGCCUCUUUUAGGGGGGCUGGAGCCCCCCUAAAAUAGGUAUAAAUUUUUUUUAUUAAUUAAUUAAUUUUAAACAAAAAUUCAAUAUGAUGUGAUCAGAAUACAUAACCACUUAAUAUUUCAUUGUUGACUAAAAUAUAUGAUCAUAAAUCUGUCAGUUCCCCUUUAAUUUAUACUGUAAAAUA